AUGCGCCUCUUCCUUGAGAUUAUAAAGGACAGUUCUUUUCCUUGGUCAUUGGGUCCACAUGCUUUUAGUGUUGCUGCAGGUUAUGUUGGGGGAGGCUUGCCUACCCAUAAAGGUGCUGGAACAAACUCAUUAUGUUUACCAGAAACGCCGGAAUAUGAUGACGAUUUAACAUCUGGUGGCAACAAUCGAUUGUCUCUGUUAUACAGUCCUUUGAGUGACGUACACGAGGGAGACAUCAUGUGUGCGGUGUGCCUUGCGCGUGGCAGAUCAACCACUUUGAUGAUUCCUGCUAAACGCACGUGUCCUUCAGGCUGGACCAAAGAGUAUGGCGGUUUAUUGAUGGGAAGCUACAAGGAAUAUAGUGGUCAUAAUUAUCUUUGCAUUGGUAGAAAUCCUCAGGCACGACAUGGUUCCAUGGCAGACAAUGAAGGCCAGUUGUUUUACCCUACCAGUGGAGUAUGCAGCUCGCUCCCUUGCCCACCGUACGUUAAUGGGUAUGAAAUAUCAUGCGUUGUAUGUACUAAAUAAAUAGUCUCGCGUUUUACUAUCAUAAUCGGCGGAGGCCCGUCCCAUAGUGGAUAAUUAUAAUGUUACAAUAGUUUAAGCCAGAGGGAUAAAUUUUAGCAUAAA